AUGGAUGAAGGUUUUGGACGCUCGUUGUUUUGCGGUGCUGUUGCCGGAUUAGCUGUGGAUUUGACGCUUUAUCCAUUGGAUACGAUCAAGACCAGAUUGCAAACAACUGUAGUACAUGCCUGUUCGGCUAGUGUGUCGGAACUGGUCGCAUGCAUCGUCAGGGUGCCAACCGAACUCGUGAAGCAGCGCGCCCAAGCAAUGCAUGCCCGCCGCCUCCGUACCAUUUGCGCAGCAAUUUAUCGGCAACGAGGUACCAUAAGUAUUCGUGGAUUUUAUCAGGGCUUUUGCAGUACUGUGUUACGGGAAGUGCCAUUCUCGUUAAUCGAGUUUCCUGCCUGGGAGGCAUUAAAGCAAGCAUUAGCAAGGAUCCGAGAAAGACGGUGCACACCUCCUGAAUCAGCAGCAUGCGGAAGUUUGGCUGGUUGUUUUGCUGCUGCGCUAACGACACCUCUGGAUGUAGCAAAAACGAGGAUUAUGUUGAACGAAAAUUCCAAACCACCAGGAAUACUCUCAACAGUAGUGAAAGUGUGGAAUACAUCCGGAUAUAGGGGUCUUUAUGCCGGUGCUUUACCUCGCUCGGUCUGGAUGGGUGUCGGCGGUUUUGUCUUUUUUGGUGCUUUUGAAACCGCUAUGCUUUUUGCCGAGAAAUUUCUUCCUUGA